UUAAAAAGUGAAGAAGUCGCUUUAACGUUAAUGGGAUAUAAGCUCACUCAGUGAUAAGUGCAACAGUUAGCAAGAUAAACGGAGAAACUGUCAUCAAGAUAAACCCUGUUACUGCUCAUUGAGGAUGUCUCGAGAGCAGUUGGUGGUUCAGCAGGCCAGGAAGGCUUUUCAAACAGGGAGAUCUAAACCGCUGGCUUUCAGAAUACAGCAGCUGAAAAACCUACAGUGUUUCAUUUCUGAAAGACAAAACGACAUCACUGAUGCUCUCAAGAAGGACCUGCGCAAGAGCGAGAAUGGAACACUGCUGUAUGAGAUCUUCGGCCUUGAGGGAGAGAUCAAGCUGGCCCUGAGCAAACUGGCAGAGUGGGCAGCUCCUCGUCCUGUGGCUAAAAAUCUCAUCACCGCUUUGGAUGAAGUUUACAUCCAGCCAGAACCUCUCGGGGUGGUACUUAUUAUCGGCGCUUGGAAUUAUCCGAUAGCUGUGACGCUACAGCCGCUUGUAGGAGCCAUCGCUGCUGGUAAUGCAGCAGUAGUGAAGCCAUCAGAGGUCAGCUCUCACACUGCCAAAGUCAUGGAACUCCUGCAUAUGUACUUGGACCCGGAGAUGUACCACGUGGUGACUGGAGGAGUUCCUGAAACCCAGGAGUUGCUGAAGCAGCGUUUCGAUCACGUCUUCUACACAGGAAACAGCACAGUGGGGAAACUGGUGAUGGAAGCAGCCGCACACCACCUCACACCAGUCACCCUGGAGCUGGGGGGGAAAAGUCCCUGCUAUAUUGAUAAAGGCUGUGACCUCCGAAUAGCCUGCCGCCGCAUCACAUGGGGGAAGUAUGUUAACUGUGGUCAGACCUGCAUAGCCCCUGAUUAUAUCCUUUGUGAACCUUGCAUCCAAGACAAAGUGGUGGACGAGAUUAGAAAAUGCAUUCAGGAAUUUUAUACAAACGAUCCUAAGACCUUCACAGACUAUGGACGCAUCAUCAACCAGCGGCAUUUCAAGAGGAUAAUGGCUCUCAUGGAGGGCAGCACAGUGGCUAUCGGGGGAGGACAUGAUGAAUCCCAGUGCUACAUUGCUCCCACUGUCCUAAAAGAUGUAACGCCAGAAUCAAAGGUGAUGCAGGAUGAGAUCUUUGGGCCUGUACUGCCCAUCGUCCCUGUGAAUGGACUGAACGAAGCCAUCCAGUUCAUUAAUGAAAGAGAGAAGCCUUUGGCGAUAUACGUCUUCUCUUCCAGUAAGAAGGUAAUAAAGAAGAUGAUGCUGGAAACGUCCAGCGGAGCACUAUUAGCCAACGACUGCCUUGUUCAGUAUACCAUCAGUGACUUGCCUUUUGGUGGUGUUGGUAACAGUGGGACUGGUCGCUACCAUGGCAAAUACACGUUCGAUCAGUUGAGUCACCUGCGCAGCUGCCUCAUUAAAAAUCUGAACAUGGAAUGGCUCAACCUGAUCCGCUACCCACCUCACACGGCCGAGAAACUACGUUGGGCCCAAAUGCUCCUCACCAAGCAGGUGAACAUGAAACGCUGGCGACAGUUGGCGCAGGUUGCUAUGCUCGCAGCGCUGGCAGCUUUUGUGGUGCAGAGGUUCUUGCGGUAAGGUGGCUGAAAAGGAACACCAACAGUCCCAUCCAGGCUUCUCUGGAAACUUUUUGGAAACUCUGGAAACUCUUUACUGUAGAAUUAAUAAUAAAGAGCAAACGUGUAGUAGAACUUUACUUUGUAAACUGUGAUCGGAAACAAAAAAAGAACAGUGGGAAAAUAGCAACCAUAGCAACUUUAUCUGAAUGUAAAUCAAACAAGCAUUAACUACUUCUAUUAUGCAAUUAUACACUAUAAUAUAAGUAUCUUAUACAGGGUGUCCCAAAAGUCUCCAUAUAUAGGGGACUAUGUCUGCCAGCACCACAUAAGUUGUGCCUUCAUCAGUGGAUGUUUGUGGAUGUUCGUGGAUGGCCAAUACUUCCAGUCUUUUUAAAUUUGUUAAUAAGUUUAGUGACAUUAACAAGCUUGCAGCAGCUUCCCAAUCCAGCAAUGAGAAUGUUUUCAAUACGUUCUUUUGUCAAAGGCAUUCAUACAGGCUAUUUGGGGGGAAAUAUAUGUAUGUAUGUAUGUAUGUGUGUGUAUAUAUGUAUAUGUAUAUAUAUAUAUAUAUAUAUAUAUAUAUAUAUAUAUAUAUAUAUAUAUAUAUAUAUAUAUAUAUAUAUAUAUAUAUAAUGUGUGUAUGUAUAUGUGUAUAUGUAUAUGUGUAUAUAUAUAUAUAUAUAUAUAUAUAUAUGUAUAUAUGUAUAUGUAUGUAUGUAUGUAUGUAUGUAUGUAUGUAUGAAAAGUUUUGGAAGACAUUCUGCUAAAAAAAAUAUUAAUUUCCCCAAUGUAUGGAGACUUUUAGGACACCCUGUAUAAAUAUCUUGUAACUGGAUUACAUUUUUUCAUAUCCCUUUUGGGGGGGGAAAACCCUUAUAAUAGAUUUAAAAAGCUGUUACAAUGUGUAUUUUAUAAUAAAAUUUUUUGGUAGGCACUGGGGAUAUAGUAAUUGUUACAAAUGUUCAGGAUAUGUUCCUUAUAAUGUGUGUAUUCGAUGUAAAAUAUCCUUUCAUCAUCAGUCAGAAUUCUUUGGAAAAUAAGCUAAACUGUACAGUAUUUAGAAACUCCAGGCUUGGCUUCAGUUUCCUUGUUAAACUCUGUACUGAAUGUAAUUCAUGUUAUAUCCAGGGUAAUUUGACACUUUUCUUAAGGAAGGUAUGGACGGUACGUUAUUAUUCAUUUUAUAAGAAGAAUUAUAUAAUCAGCUGUUCAAUAAAUCAUCUAAUUCGCCCUACGUGUUACUUUGGACUUUGAGGUGUAAAGGGCAAUUCACUCUGUGUUCAUUUAGUAUCUUGUGUGUAAAAUGUAGGUCAAGUAAUACAAAGUGUUGCGCUUUCUUUCUAGCAAAAUAAAACUCAUCUGGUGUGUAAUUAU